CAGUAAACAAAAUAUUUUUUACUUGCAUAUUUAUGUUCACCUUUUUGGAUCAAUCAUGUCAUGAUCUCAAGCCAAAACACCCUCAUCAGGGACUUCUAACACCCCCACCAUGGACUGCUAUCCCUGCUGGAAAGAGGCUCUGCAGCACUUGGUGCAGGACCACCAGGUUAUGCACUUGCGUUUUUCCCGAGGUCAUCGGAAGUGCUGAAAUCUAAUUUGAUACCAUGUUUCUAUAUGUUAAUUUCACCGGUUGCUUUAAGCAUUGCAUUUUAUAUGGUAAUUUUGGAUUCUAUAUAUUUUUAUAUAUUUAGCAUAGGUGUUUAUACUUUCACCCUGUGUUGAACCAACUGCAGUGAAAUUUUGUUCCUUGUAUGCUUGCUGUGAAUGACAACGAGUCUGUCUGUCAAAUUAACAACCCAAAAAACAGACACAGCCAUCACUGCUUCGUGAUGCAACAUCAGUUUAGAAAGGCUGUUAUAAUAAAAACAUGACUUCUAAUAAGGACACAACAAGAUCCUUCGGAUAAUGUGAAAUCCAGCCUGAACUUCCUAUUCCUCUCUAACCCUAAACGUCUACAUGAAGCAUCUCUUACAGAGAAGGAACCCAAUUGUAUUUUCUGGAUUUAAUCACCAGUGAUGUCCAGUAGUUUAGUUUUUAAGCCGAUGCUGAUACGACUUCACGUUUAAAAAGAAAACAAACUGAAAGAAAAAAAAUCUGCGAAAUGAGGAUGACUAUAUUAAAAAAGAAGACUGCUAUUUCCCUCUGCAGGAGUUAAUAUUUAGCAGUCUAGCCCUGUUGGGGGGCCUCCCCACCUCUCCACAUGCUUAAGUGUAAACCAUAAAGUGUAAUUUACAGUACAGGGUUCAAUCCCUGAAGUAUUGGACAAUGUUGUUGUUUGCAUUUAUACUUGUGUGCUGGUAUGUCUACAUUGUCUGCCCACAAGUAAAACACAGGUGUUCAUAGUGGACUUGAAAUCCAAUAAUCUUGAACAACAAUUACUACAGGACAGAAAAUGCCAGAAACCAUUCUGAGCUGUCGGAGCUAGAAAAAUUAAUAAAACAACAUAUCUUUUGUACACUGUCAGAAUACUAACUAUUGCAUUACUGUAGUGAGCAUGCGAUUAGUGCUUUUACUGAAAUAUUAUCCUUGAGCUUGUCUGCCUACAAAUCACAGUAGAGAGCAGCAGCAAACCGAUGCACAGAACAGAGUGGGGAUAAAACACAAAAGGUCCUUUUGUUAUACCAGACAUAGCAUGAAAGUUGGAGUUGAGGUGGAGGUAGGUUGCAGAUGCAAGACAGCAAAUCUUUAUCAGAAUAGCUAUGAAAAAACAGAAUCAAGCUGUUGCAAUGACCCAGUCAAAGUCUGGACCUCCACCUGAUUGAAAUGAUGUGGAGAGCUGUGCAUACACGAAUCCCUGCUAACCUCAAGCAACGUUGUAAAGGAGAGUGGGCCAGAAUCCCCCCGUUUUCACAGUAGUCCCUGCAGUCGAAUCAAAAUUUUCUUUUUAACAUGAUUGUAUAUGAUCUUCCAGUUUGCAGGUCCUUGAUAACCAAAUUUAUAUUGCAAGAUGUGAGCUUUAUCUUGAUGGAAUAGCGUUGUGAGUUCACUAUUAAAUGUGCAGGAUCCCAUCAUUUACACUCCACAGAAGCAUACUCUGUGUGAUUAAUGUGAUAGAUAACUAACUGAUAACUGCUGUUGAAUAAAUUAACAUUGUGAUAUGAGAACUUCCACCUGAAUAAGACUCACCUCAGUGCAAAGUUCAUUGCAUUGCAGCAAAGAUAUGACAUAUUUUAGUAGGUUGAGUGCUAAAUUUGCAUUACAAGACCUGCAAUAUUGUUUCAGUUAGUUAGUUAGAGUUUUGCAAUAUUUGAAAUAUGUUUCACUCAUCAAAAAAAGCCAUAUAGGAAAAUUUAUCCACAAUUUGAAUGUCUUAAAAACUAUUUGAAUCAUUUAAAAAGUAGAAUAAGUCAAACUUGCAUGUGGUUUUGCUUUAAACACAGAUUCAUUUCUGACAUCAGAAUACCAAGACCCAUUAAUCUUCCCAUAGACAAAUCCUGGCUUGGUUGCCAUAUAUGAAGACUUUGAGUGUUUAGAUCCCGGAGAGAUGCAAGCCGUCCUCCUGUCAGAUCUGACAUAUGAAUCCCAGCAGAGAGCCCCAGUUGCUGCUGUGUUUGGCUGCUCGAGGAGCCAGCUGGUAUAUGUGUUAGCAGCUCUCUGUUUUUUCACCGUCCCUCAGCUGACUCUGUUGUCACCGGUUACAAACACAAGUCAGGAAGGGGUGGUGGGGCCUAUAGCCAUGAAGAAGCCCCUGUCAUUGUGUCAAAGGUUGCCCUCUGGUGGACACAGUAGACUUUUCUACCCGCUGCCUCCACAACACCUCCACCUACAAGUAUCUGCUCUCCAACUGCCUCCUUUUAGCCUUUUAAUAGUGUCCUAUUUUGGAUAAUGUUUAAAAUGUAGAAGGUCAUGAGGUAUGAGCGGUAACUAUUCAACAGAUACUUCAAAGGCUCGAGUCAUCAAGCGCCAGUUGCUUCAAAGUGUCACAGCCCAGAUCGCUGCUCUUCAUGUCCUCCAUUCCCUGAUGCUGCACUGACUACCUCUCUUGUCUGUUUUACCUCUGCUCAUAUCCAUAUUAUUCCUCAUCUGAUACCCCUGUUUCCAAGAGAUAGACAAAGAAACAGAGAGAGCUAGAGAGAGAUUGGGAAGAAUGAGAUCAGGACAGAGGCAAGGGGGACUGAAGCAAAAAAGAGAGAGGGGAGGGGGUUUCCCUGGGCACUGCCCCAGUCUUCUCCCGCGUCAGCUGGGGCACUGAAUGGCUGACGACUGCAUACCAAGCCUCCUUCUGGGUCUCAGUGCGUUCACGUCCCUGUUUCUGCCCAGCCAGGGCUAAAUAUAUUUCCCCAGUUUGCAAAUGUAGCACAAGUCCUGCAACCUGACCCCCAGCCAGUUCCAGCUCCCUUCCUCUACACAAGGUUCACGUUCCUCUGGGUUGUGGAGGUGGGGGGUGGAUAUGUGUGUGUGAGGGUGUGUGUGUGUGCGAAAGGGUUGGAGGUUAAGAGAGCGCUCACUUAGUUUCGGGCGCACGACACUCUUUUCUGGCUUUCUCUCCUGUCACACACACACAUACACUCACAAAUACACACAUACACUCAUGCACUUGUUAAGCUAGACACUCACACUAGGUCCCACGAUAUACACGUUACUCUGUCGGCGGACUCUGGCGUUGCCCCCUUGGUUUGCCGUGGUGUGGCGAGUGUGGCAAACGAGGUAUGGAGAGGACUGAGAGGAUUCAAAGGCCUGUGUUGGGCUCUGCAGACUCCUACACCAGCCGACCGUCGGACUCGGACGUGUCCCUGGAGGAGGACCCUGAGGCUCUGAGGAAGGAGGCCGACAGGCAGGCUCUCGCCACACUCGAGAAAGCAAAGACCAAACCAGUGGCAUUUGCUGUGCGUACAAAUGUUGGUUACAACCCAGGCCCCAAUGAUGAUGUUCCUGUGCAGGGCAUGGCCAUCUCCUUUGAAGCCAAAGACUUCUUGCACAUUAAAGAGAAGUACAACAAUGACUGGUGGAUCGGGCGUCUGGUGAAAGAGGGCUGUGAGGUGGGCUUCAUUCCCAGCCCGGUCAAACUGGAGAACACCCGUCUGCUGCAGGAGCAGAGGAUGAGGCAAAACCGACUCAGCUCCAGUAAAUCUGGAGGAAGUUCUAGUCUCGACGUUGCCACGGGAACCCGCAGGCCUACUCCACCUGGAACAGCUCACGUAGACAUGUCCACAGUGGCCUUUGACGUUGACCCCCUCGACCUGGAGGCUGAGGAGGCCCCUGAGUCCCAGGGUGACCCUCGCUCUUCCAAGAGCAUGUCAGGCAGCGUAACAUCCCCCCAGGCCAACAUCCACCGACUGCCCUUCUUUAAGAAGAUGGAGCAUGUCCCCCCUUACGACGUGGUUCCCUCCAUGAGGCCCAUCGUCCUAGUCGGACCUUCACUCAAAGGCUAUGAAGUGACGGACAUGAUGCAGAAAGCACUUUUUGACUUCCUGAAACACAAGUUUGAGGGCAGGAUAUCCAUCACACGGGUGACAGCAGACAUCUCUCUGGCCAAACGUUCAGUCCUCAACAACCCGAGCAAACACACUAUCAUUGAGCGCUCCAGUACCCGCUCGAGCCUGGACGUACUGGCUGAGGUGCAGAGUGAGAUCGAGCGUAUCUUCGAGCUGGCCCGAACUCUCCAGCUUGUUGCUUUGGAUGCCGACACCAUUAACCACCCCUCUCAACUGGCUAAGACUUCCCUGGCUCCCAUCAUUGUUUAUAUCAAAAUAGCUUCCCCUAAGGUUCUCCAGAGGCUCAUUAAAUCCAGAGGGAAGUCCCAGGCUAAACACUUAAAUGUGCAGAUGGUUGCAGCAGACAAGCUGGCUCAGUGCCCACCUGAAUUAUUUGACAUCAUCCUGGAUGAGAACCAGCUGGAGGAUGCCUGCGAACACCUGGCUGACUACCUUGAAGCCUACUGGAAGGCAACACACCCUCCAAGCAGCAACCCUCCCAACCCUCUGCUGAAUCGUACCAUGGCUACGGCAGCCCUGGCUGCCUCCCCAGAGCCCGUCUCCAACCUACAGGGGGCGUACUUGGUGCAUGGUGAGCAGAAGCGGGAAGGGCCUCUGACAGAGUGUGGUGGGAGCGGCACGCUGCAUGACUAUCAGACAGACCUGGGAGGGAAGCCCCAGCAGCAGCACCAGCAGCAAGCAUACCUGCGCUCCUCUCGUGGCCAGCUACGAGGAGGCAGCGGGCGAGGUCUUUCACGGCAAGACACCUUCGACUCGGAGACCCAGGGCAGCCGGGACUCGGCCUACACCGAGGCCGGUGACUCCUGCAUGGACAUUGAGACCGACCCCUAUGAGGAGCCUGAGCCCUACCGAGGAAGUGGGGGCAGCCGCCUCCACCUGGCGCAGCAUCUCGGCCGACAAGCCUCCUGGGAAGACGAAGGUGCCGAGCCAGACCAGGAAAACCGAAACCACCCUCCGAUGCCGAGCCAGACGCAUCCGCAUGGACGUGCCAAGCUGAGGGAGCGUUACUGCCAGGAUCCUGUGGACACAGGGGCCAACAUGAGCCGCAACAAGAACCAGGAUGACUGGGGGAGGGACGUCUACAUCCGCUGAACGGUCAUCAUACCACAGAGCCAAGGAAGCCCCUGGACAGACUGAGGACAGAGGGAGAGGAGGGGAUGGAGGGGAAAUGCUCUGGUUUUUGGGUUCAACAGGAACUGAAGUGUAGGUUUGGGGCCAUGCCGGUCAGGCUAACAAAAAAAUCUGUUUACAUCCCAGUACAAUGUAAAGAAAUACAUCAACUGCCAGAUGCCAUUCUCAUCAAGUUCUUCUUGUAAUUCAGUUUAUUUACAUUUAGAAAAAAUAAUAUUGGUCUUUUUUGUUUCUUAUGUUAAUACUGCAUGAAUAUCAUGGAUUUCUAUACUCACAGCACAAGGACAGUAAUUGUUACGACUCUGAUCUGUAUGAUUCGAUCCUCUCUUCGAUUGUAAAGUGCAAAGGUCGGUAGAGCCGUAGUGUAUCACGUCUGUCCUCUGCAGUCUUAAACAGGGUCUAAUGUCACGGUUCCCAUGUACGUACAGUGUCAGGGUUUCUCUUUACCUUAAGCUCACUCAGUGCUUUUGGCUUUCAGGGUUUCCUCCCAUACUGAUAUCCAGAAGUUUUGAGUCUCUCACCUCCACUUUCUUAUCACCCAGACCUUAAAAAGUUGGUGGAGAAGUUGCCAUAUUUUAGCACGUAAAUUUAUCAAUGUUGCUAUACUCAUGUCAGUGCGAUAACAAUGAAUAAUACACUCCAAAGAUGUUUACUUCUUCCCUGACCUGGUUCAGUCACCAUACCUGACUGUAUAUGUCUGACCCAGUCCUCCCAUUUCUGUUAUCCUCUUCUUCAUGGGUGCUGAGGGCACCUCCAGUUGUUCUCUGGUUUCCAAAUGUGGUGCAGAUUCAAAGUAGUUGUGUGAACGAAACGUCCUGCCUUAGUCACUCCCACCCCUUAUUUCAAGAAAACUCCAAUCACAAGUGCCGGAAUGUCUCGCCAAGCCAUGUCCGCCGCUGCUGCGGUGGGAUGUCUUAACUCUUGUUACACUCGUUUUCAUACCAUAUCUCUGUCUCUUUGUGUCUCGUGGCUGCUCCGUCCCAGCUCGUUGCUCAUCUCUUUUUUCUUUGCACCAGCUUCGUCGUCUGUUUUUCAGGGCUAACAGUUAUAUAAAAAGUACUUGUACGUGUGGUUAAUCACUUCGAACUUCCACCCAAACAGCUCGCUUGUCUAAUAUUAAAUACCACUCUCUUCUUACUCCUGAUUUCUGACUGAAUUAGUGUUGGGUUUUUGUUUUUUUCAGUGAACAUUUGCAUUAUUUUUUUCAAUCUUCAGUUCUUGUGAGCUAGUGAGAGGAGUAUAAAGUGGGCAGUGGGGGGGGGAUAGGAUCAGCUUUGGUCUUUACACAGUUAUCUAUAAUGGAGAAUCCAUGAAUGUCUUUGGUAGGCUGCUUUGGCCCACCCCCGUCUUCAGUUGAAUAAAUAAAUAUUAAAUAAUGAUCAGUAAAUAAUGUUAUUGUUGCGUUAUCGCAAUUGUUAAAAUGAUGAAAUAACAUGUAUCAUUGGUGCCUGAUUGUAGCUACAUUUUGCUUUUUCUGCCUUUCAUUUUUAAUCUGUGGAUAAAUUCGUAUUUUAAUUAAAAAUCGAAUAAGAAAAUGCCAUUGUGUCAUUUCAUUGUUACAGUGAGAUGUGAUGAACAAAAACAGCUGUCAAAAAUGCUAAAUGUCUGCACGUGUAUGUCUGCGUCGUGUUGUUUAUUCCACUGGAUACAUGUGAACACAUAGUUCAAUACAAAUCAUAGAGUAGAUUUGUUUUUCAAUAAAUUACAUGACAAUUAGUCAAAAUUGAUAUGAAAAGCAAAAGACAGGCUUGCUGCUUCCAUAGGAAUUAAGAGGGUAAGUAGCAGCCAGGUACUGCUAAUCAAAUGCACUUAAUUAAUUAAUCAUCAGCACCUCUGUGGAAGCAGAUAUUUUGAUAGUUUGCUGGUCUGGAGCAUUCAGCUGGGUGUUAACACAAUGCCACAAUUUCUCCAGGAAUGGAUGUCUCAACAAAUUUGCCCCAUGUCAGAAAAAUACCCAAGAGCUACAUCUCAAACUUGACAGGCUUCUGUUAGCAAUGCUAAAUGCUAAAGUGCAUCAUAGAAUAAUUAGAAUUAGAAUAAAGAAGGGUAUGAAUUGAAAGGUCGCAAUCAGAAAGCCUCUUCUCUCUAAAAAGAACACAGUAUCAUAGCUUCACAAAGAUGAAUCUGAACAAGCUACAAGAGUUGUGGAAUAAUGACCUUUGGAUAGAUGGGACCAAUGUGGGAAUGUUUACCCAUAAUGCACACCACCGGUUUAGCACAAAAACAUCAUAGCAACUGUGAAGCACAGUGGUGGAGGAGGGGGAAACUGUGCUUAUUUUGUUUUUGCAG